AUAUAUAAUUAUAUUUCCUAGAAGAGAAAAAAAAUUAGUAAAUAAGAAUUACUUGUGAAGCUUGUGAAGUGUCAAAAUGAGUGUUGUUACUUGUGUUCAUUAUAACUUGAAUAAGACUUUAUCUGCUGACGUAACAUAAUGAGAAAACAUUGAUAAACAUUAAUAUUAAGCUACGAGGAAUCAGUUACUUUUGAAGCCUCUUCGUGAAAAGUAGGAAUGGCAAACACAAAAUGGAACGUUUUGGUGACGGGCGGUGCUGGUUAUAUUGGAUCUCACACUGUUUUGGAACUUCUAAAUUCGGAUUUUCAGGUGGUGGUUAUAGACAAUCUUAGCAAUUCUUUUAAAGAUAAAGCCGUGGAGAAACCAGAAUGCCUUUUACGAGUUGAGAAAUUAGCUAAAAAACAAGUCACUUUUAUAAAUUGUGAUAUAACAAACAAACAGAAUUUAAACCAAGUUUUUAAGAAGUACAAUUUCCAUUGUGUCAUUCAUUUCGCCGCUUUGAAAGCAGUGGGAGAAUCUUGUGAAAUUCCUUUAGAGUAUUAUAAAAUAAAUGUUGGGGGAACACUGAAUUUAUUGGAAGUUAUGAAUGAAAAUGAUGUGAAAUGUUUGAUUUAUUCAAGUAGUGCUACUGUUUAUGGAGUACCUGAAAAAUUGCCUCUAGUCGAAAACAUGAAAAUAGGAGACUGCACUAAUCCAUAUGGAAAAACAAAGUUUGUUGUCGAGGAAAUUUUACAAGAUCUCUGCAAUUCCGAUAAGACAUGGUCAGUUAUAUCAUUGAGGUACUUUAAUCCUGUUGGUGCUCAUCCCUCAGGAACUAUAGGUGAAGAUCCAAAUGGAAUACCGAAUAAUCUUAUGCCUUACAUUGCUCAAGUCUCGGUUGGAAAGAGGGAUACUCUCUAUGUUUAUGGCAAUGAUUAUGAUACUCCCGAUGGAACUGGAGUUCGAGACUACAUUCACAUUAUGGAUCUAGCGAGUGGUCACGUCAAAGCUCUUAUUUAUAUGAAAAAUAAAGGAUAUCUACGAUUUAUGGCAUUGAAUUUAGGCACCGGAAAAGGCUAUUCCGUAUUGGAGGUUAUUCAAGCCUUCGAAAGUGCUUCGGGCAAGAAAAUUCCGUACAAAAUUGUGGAACGUAGAGCCGGAGAUAUUUCUUCUAGUUAUGCUGAUGCAAGUUUGGCAAACUCAAAGUUAAACUGGCACGCCACUAGAAAUAUUGAUGAUAUGUGCAUCGACACGUGGAAGUGGCAACAGAACAAUCCAAACGGCUACAAAACGAUAGAAUCGAAAUUCUAAUUUAGUUUAAUGCUAAAGCAUUUAAACCGUGGUGGUUUAAAGUUACCAAAGGAGAAAACCAAAGUAAAAAGAGAAAGUCUUAUGCGCAAAAUUAAUUGCUUCUAAAUUUCUAUCUUCUUUAUUUCUAACUUUGCAUUUCUAAAAUGUCUUCUCUAUUUUUAUAACAAAUCAUUUUUAUUGUUGCAGUAUUACAUUAGAAAUACUUGUUUUUUUUAAACUAGAACUGUGGAAUUUUAUUAUUUUUUUAAAAGUUUAUACUCUCAGUAACAGUCACUCUCAUGAAAUAUUAACUACUGUCCAAAGUAAAAACCUAGUAAGUCGCAUUUACAAAAAAAAAAAAUUGGGGAAUUAUUUAUCGUUAGUUAAUUUUUUUAAAAGUAUAAAAAUUAACUAACGAUAAAUAAUUCCCCAAUUUUUAAUACUUUUUUUAAUUCAAUAACAAACAAUUUCACUCUUUUUCAUGAAAGAACAGAACCAAAAUUCUAUUUUAUUUUUUGUCUAAAUAAACUGGUCAUUUAUAAAAAUUAAAAGAAACUUAACAUUCCACUGUAUAGAAAAAGAUUUGUAUAAUUCAAACGGCAUAGCGUUAUCUACUCUAGUAAUUAUAAUAGUAAGGAGAAUAAUUAUUUUAUUUACAUUGAAAUUAAUGAAAUUGAAAAAAUUGUCUCCUUAAUGUGCCAUAAUAAUUAAAUUGCAUUUACUAAAUACUAUAUAUACUUCAUUUUGAGUUGCAUUUUGUAACUAGGCCAUAAAUGUAAAAAAUGGGAUCAUAUUCCCGAAUUCUGAAUUAUGUUCAGUAAAAGUCAAAUAUUGCAUAUAAUUUGUACCUAUUUAAAUAUUUAUAUGAAUUGUUCAUUAAAAAUGUAAUACUCGACUCGAAUAAAUAUUUCAUCUAUAA